AAUAUUAUAUAUUUAUAAAAGAUAAAAAUGGAACCAAUUGAAGUAAAAAACACUGGUAAAAUUAAACUUGCAAUCACACAAGACCUUGUUCAAUAUACUAUUGAUCACUCAAAUCAACUCAAUGAAGUUCAAAAAGAAUUAAUUCUUUUUACCAGAGGCCAAGUUGAAAGACCACAAAUGCUUACCACUGCUGAUCAAGUUGUAUUUUUCCAAUUUUUAAUCAAAAUUUUAAAUGCUAAAAAAGUCAUUGAUGUUGGUGUUUACACCGGUCUCUCCUCAUUAUCUGCUGCUUUAGCUCUUCCAGCUGAUGGUAAAGUUGUUUCAUGUGAUGUUUCAGAUGAAUUUACUCAACAUGCAAGAAAAUUCUGGGCCAAAGCUGGUGUUGCUGAUAAAAUCAAUUUAAAGAUCCAACCAGCCGGUGAUACUUUACAAGAAUUAAUUGAUAAUGGUGAAAGCGGUACCUUUGAUUUUAUUUUCAUCGAUGCUGACAAAACCUCAUACGACUUAUACUACGAACUUGGUCUUCAAUUAAUUAGAAAGGGUGGUGUUAUUGCCAUUGAUAAUGUAUUACAAGAUGGCAGAGUUUUGGAUUUAAAUAACAACGAACCAAAUGUUACAGCCAUUCGUAAAAUCAACGAAAAGAUUCGUGACGAUAGCAGAGUCUCAAAAAGCAUGCUUCCAUUUGCUGAUGGUAUUACAUUAGUUACUAAGAACUAA